AUGCUACUUCAGCUCAUCCCACCCUCGGGGUGUGGCAUUCCUGCUUCUCUUCAAACCCAUGCCGUCCCCACUCCAUCUUCAUUCCCUAGGGGUCUGAAGCAACCCGCGAACUGGACCCGCACGCGGACGACGCUCAACACCCACGGCAUAGCUCUACCGACCCACCAAUGCAUCGAUCGCGCAUCGUGGCUUUCUUUGGCGGUUGAGCAAGUCACAUGGAACCUCGAGGAUGACGUGCUUGUCGUCGCCUUCGUCGAUGGAUCCGUCGAGCGAUGGCCGAUCGCUGCAGCCGCUUCACCCCUCUCUACCCAGGCCUCAUUGCAGCUAUCCAAUGCUCGUGACACACGUAAGGACAACGCGGAGCAAGCCGAGCAGAUCCAAGACACUUCCAAUUACGAGCGAGCCGCAGCAACUUUGCUGGUGCCAGCCAACGAGUCUAGUAAGUCACGUGAUUCUUGCUCGGCGCCUCUUUCGUCGUUGUCGUCAUCGUCGCGGGAAUCAUGGUGCUUGCCCUCUCCACCCUCAUCAUCGACCAUAAAGACUACCUGUCCCCUCACCGACCCAUCGACAACCCAGCCGCUGCGAAACCUUUGUAGCCAACUCGGCACCGCCUACGAAAAAUUCGUCAUGUCUGGGACACACGACGUGGCCGACGACGAUCUCGAGCACAUCGUUACCAUGGCUGGCGAUGCUACUGUCGCGCCUUUACCUCAGUGGGAACCAGAUGCGUCCAUCGGUGUGCCGAGCGGGUCGGUGUCCGGUAGCAGCCCGCCUCGUAGCGACGAUGAUCGCGACGGAGAGCAAGCUUUGUCACACCCGACGGAGCCCACUGCUGUGAUGCCCUUCCCCGGAAUCUUCCCCCCGCGUUCGGCCCCGACAUUAGAGGAGGUAAGACCGUCAGAGCAUCAACGUGAGCACCUGCGGUCCGCCUGGGGAGAAGCGGUCCGCAAGGUCAAGUCAGGGGUUCCGGAGGCCGAAGGGGCGGUCGGAGUGCAUGUCCCACUGCUCUCGAUCCUAAAGACGAUUCGCAUCACUAUGCUCGAUCUAUUUUCCCGGGUGCUUGCGCCUGCGAUCAAGGAACGACUUGAUGCCCCCACAUACUGCGUGUGGGCCACUUCGAACGCCGCCAAGGCCGCUCGAGCUCGCGCCAUUGUCCGGGCCGGCGAGGUUGCUUGGAAUAUUCUCGCUCUGCUCAACGAUGACGGUCAGACUUUUGAUGCGGGAAGUGACGAUACCAGCGAGUCAGAGUCGGAAUCAGACGAUCACGAAGACCCCGGCGGAGUGGAAAUCAUCGACCAGCUGGCUGAAGAAGAAUGGCGCGGGGUCGACGACUUUGGGGCGUCGACUGCUUUUGAACUGGGUCGACGCAAACGUCGCACGGCACUCAAGGAGAGGCGCAUUCACGAGCAACUAUCCAAUAACGUCAUGCGCGAGUGUUUUGACGAUUUCGAGUUGCGUCUGUGGUGCGAGCAGGCAAUCGGCCGCGCUCAAAUGAUGGAGGACAGUGGGCAUACAUCGGAAGAAUGGGGCAAGCCCCCCGGGGUGCCUCAUCCCCGCGUCAGCGCCACUUCGGUCGGGCCAUGGACGUGGGCUCGCAACAUCCCAUCGUGGGAGAUCACUCGGCUCAUCACGAGCGAUAUCGACAUCCCCAAGGUGACCAUCAAGAGACGCAGCGUCCUCCUCGGACCACAUGGCAGUGGAGUGACGAGCAAGAACGAACCUGACGAGACGGGCGAAGAUCCGUCCACUUCACCGCCUGCAACGGACCUCAGCGACAGCGAGGGCCAGGACUGCUCGCCCAAGCGGAGACCCCCGGUCCCAGCCGCGAUGAUAGCCCUUGAAGAUCCACUAGGCGAAGAAUUGCUACCGCCUCGCAUCCCCAAGGCCCUGGUCACGAACGCUCGCGAUCCGUAUCUGGGCAACGAGAUGAUCGCGAUGAGAAGAAAGACUCAUCAGAGCCUGAAUCAAGUCGCAGGCGUGAGUGCGCUGAGACCGCACUCCGAGUCUGGAGUCUCCGAGCUGACGCGGAGGAUCCCAACUCAGCUCAUUCGAAAGGCUAAGGACCUUCGCGAUUAUCUGGCUCGGCAAUUAAUAGACUGGGACAAGCAGCAAGUGAAGGAGAAAGGUGAGUGGGAAGGCUUUCACAAAUCGUGUCCCAGACUCUUCGCCUGAUUUUUAGCUCGGUGUUUUUAACAACACGCAGCACUGAAACCACCUCAAGACCACCAAAAGUCCUGUCUUCGCAACCCAACGACCUCAGACUCGCCCACAGUGGAGUCGAAGAGGGUCGGAUCCUCCAAAGCUCAACCCUUGAUUCAGCGAGCGGCGGACCGCAGCGUCUCCCGACAUGUGCGCAACGAGCUCGAACGUCGGCGGCGCAGUGGUUCGAUUUCCAAGAAGGCCGAGGCUUCAAUCACCAAGCACCGGAAUACGCCGAGGAAGCGACAGAGAGAGAAUCUGGACAUUAUUGACAUGAUCGAAAAUGCCAAAUCGCCGGCACGCAAGCUACCCAAGCAGGCGACGAAUACACCAUCACCCGACAAGGUUACCGACGAGAACUUCGGUAGCCAACAAACUUCCACGAUGUCCCAAGACAGCGAGCCAAACAUUCUCGACCGGUCUCGAUCCCCGUGGUCGAACCUCCCUUCCUUCCCGUGGGCCGCAACGACGGGCACGAGUGCGCAGCCAAAUCGACCACCGCGGUCCCACUUCACCUCUGUGGAUGACAAUCGAGAGUCAGGGGCUACGAGCACCUCGACGAGCUCCACCACACUAGAAGACUCCGUCGCACCGGCCGAGCGGUUUAGCAUCCAAGAAUUCCGUCGCUUCCGUCCUCACCCAGUCGAACACAUUGCUGCGACAGACUUGACGCUCGAGAAUAAGUCACCGAUUGAAGACGUUCCGACGGUUCGACGUGGUCCGCAUAGCUGGGAUCGAAAAUACCCAUACGGUGAAGAUGGCGACGAGGAGAUGCGCUUGUUGGGUGAUGGUGAAGACGACUCGGAGGAGGAGGUCGUCGAGCUGAGGUUGACGCGCCUGAGUGACGUUGAUGACGAGAGCGAGUCAGUGGAUACCGGUUCGCAGACCCAAGGCAAGAGGCAUACUCCGAGUGGCAUCUUAAGAGUGUCUCAAGGAUUGGCAGAGCAAGGCUCUAUCAGCUCUCAGUGGGUCCUUCCUCGACCUCGGUCCUCUUGGAGAACAGGCGUCACUCCGCGAUCAACUCCAAGAGACGACGGCAAUUCAGGUCCGGAGGUGCUCGAACAGCGCAAAGCUGCAGAUCACUGCGGAGUGACCUCAGAUGAUUUAAAGUCAUCCGAAUUUUCAAAGGAAACCCCUCCGCGACCCCAAGAGGACGGCGAGUCGAGCGACAUCGAGGUAGAAGUCGAAUCACCUGAAGCACCCGCGUGGAUCCACUCGCUGCGCGCUCCGCUCGUGGACACUACAUGGCGAUCGGAACGGUCGGUACCGCCCUCAGCAGAAGAAAUGGGUACAAGUGCUGUGAUAUCGGGAACCCGCUGA